AAAACCACGUUUCUAAAGAAACACUAGGAUUUUUCAUAAUUUGUGAACGGUACCUCGUGGAAUCGAGGUAUGAACAUAUUCUCAUACCGGAAGUUGAAAAUUCUGACUUUCCUGUAAUUAAUAUUCUCAUAAUUCUUCAGGCUAUGUGGUUGUAGCUCAGACACUCGGUCAGUCGUCUGCGAGCCAUCUUCAUGAGCCUGUCUUUUUAUUGGGAGCAGGAAAUCGAACGGGUCGAUCAUUACGUCGUCCAGUUGGAGUUGAGCUAUUGAGUCACUCACUCUCCAGUCUUCCUCUAGUGUUGUCGUCAUAUUGUGAGGGUACAUUUUAACCGCUUAAUUAGAAGCAUGCAGUUCCCUGUUACUUCUGACACGAUUUUCAAUGUGAUGGUCAGUCAUCUGGAGGUCUUCGUGUCUCAGUCCAUGAGGCAGAUGAUUGAGGCUCCAAAACCAAGAGGUGAUGAUAACAAGUAUCAUCACCAUCACGAACCGUGCAGUGAUCUGGAGCAACUUGUUGCAUCUGUACACAGACAACGAGCCAGUGAGGUCACCCUUCUGCUAAUUGGACGCGUUAAUAGGGUUUACAUUGAAUUGAGAAAUUUUCCAAAUUUGAGAGACGCUUGCGAGGAAAUAUCGCCGAUGGUACUUAAAUCUGUGAUACAUCCAUCAGUGAAGAACCUCGAUUGUCUUCGGUAUUCUCGACAUCGAGAGCUAAUUGAUUAUUAUAAAAUUGAAAAUUGUGAUUUAAUAUAUAAGACGACGUCUCUACUGAAGGGGCUAACAGAUCUUGGUAUAGGAAAGGCACAGAGAACCGAAGAAAUGCGAUUGGAAUUGAGGGGCUUUUCUGACACGUUACAGAAAUUUUCAUCUCGCAGUUGCGUGGACAGAGACGUAGAAAUCCUUGCUGAAAACUGUAGGAAACUUAAGUGCCUGGACAUUAGUUAUUCUAAAGGUAUCUCAAUUUUGGCUGUUGCUAGUAUUUUAAGAUUCAGACAUCUGGAGGAGCUGAAUGUAGGUGGAAUCAACAACUCCGGAGACUUUCCCUUGGAUUUGUUGAACAACCUCAUUGAGGAUGACUUAUCUAGGGGAAUGAAUGUCGGUGAGGGAAGAGAUUCAGCGGAAACUGCCGUUACCUCUCAGUCUCCAACUUCUACCAUAUUCCGAACAAAAUUUUUGAAGAAAUUCGGGUUUAGCUGUUCUAAAACUCUUUACGUUAUUUCCGUAACAUUGCUUUCCAACCUUACUUCGCUUGUAUUGACAGACGUAAAAAAUUGUACCUUGACUCCACUGGUAAGUCUGAAAUCUUUACGAGAAUUUACUUUAUGGUUUUCAACUUAUAAACUUGUAGAGGGUUUCCUGAAAUCGGUAGGCAGUCAACUCAAUUGUUUAAACUUCACUGAUGUUACUGGAACGAGUUUUGAUGAUAUUGUGCGUUACUGUACCUCAGUAGAGUGCCUACAUCUUUGCUUUUCACGAUCUGACGAUCUUCGUUUGCCAAUGAACUGGAACGUACCUGGCGCCAUUUUGAAUUCUUCUGAUACCUUGCCAAGCGUUAGGACUCUUCAGCUACUAUUGGAUGACCUUGCUAUUGCAGAAUAUAUCCUGACAUGUGUUAGGAAUCUCAGGACCUUAUUCUUCAGUACCUUGUUUGAUCGAUAUUUUUAUGAGGUUGUAAUGCAGCGUGUGCAUUGCCCACUUUUGAGGAAUUUUUACUGGGGAGAUAAUGUUGCAGUAACUUUUGAAGGGAGGAAUGCCUCUAUCACGAAAUUUUAUUCCAAUGGUAAAAGAAAAGUCCAGAAUGUAGUAGUCGAGUAAAGCAUUUGGUAUGAAAAUAGGGGGAUCAUUUUUUUUUAAAUUAUCCCUUUCCAUUCUUGUUGGACAUCGUACAGAUUUCAUUAAGUGCCUGUGUGUGUGUGUGCUUCUUAAAUCAUAUAUAUUGUUUGAUGAUUGUAAUUCGACAUGUAACUUAAAGGUUAUAAAUGUAGACUAUUUUCAGAGAUAACGUGAAAAAAUAAAUUUAUAAAACGGUUAAUAAUUUUAAUAGAAGUACCUCGUUGAAAAUACGGAAACAGUUAAGGCAUGUAGAAUGUGACGGAAUUUUAAAUUUAUUAAAAUUUAUCUAAUGUGAUAAUUUUAUUUUGUACUUAAUAAAUGUGACGUGUGUACUAAA